GGGACACUCUCCCUAGAUAUCCAAAGGGUUGACCUGCAGAGUUCCUUUCUCUUGACAAGCUUUAUAAGAAGUGGCAAACAUAGGAACUCUGAGGUUACCAGUUUCCCACAGACUGUACAAUGGAGCAUUUUCUUUUAUUGAGGUGGAUUUUUCUCUUGCUAGUGGCUGCAAACAUAGAGGCUCAACAGAAGCCCCCUAUAAAUAUCAGAGCAAAAUGCUUGGGGAAUAUUAUGCGUGUGGAUGUUGGACCACUUGGAGGAAGCCUUUUGGAUGUUGCUGUUAUCAUUAAUAACACGGCAAUUGUUGUUACACCGAGUAUUGCGGCGCAGUGUGGCUUCAGCAUGAAGAGUGACUCAUUUGGGAAUGCCUUAAUUUAUAUCUCCCUCCAAAACUGUUUUGCUCAAAAUGUGGAUGAUGAACUCUUCACAACUGCACUACAACUUCGCCUUCAAGGGAAUCAGUUUUCUCAAGAAGAGGUGUAUCAGGUGGCUGAAACCUGCCAGUAUGAUGUCUGGGCCUCCAGAGAAGUUAUCUGUGACUAUAACUACAUGGAAGUGUCAGUAAACCGUGCAAUUCCGGAAGACUUUCCUCUGCCUGGGCAUCCUAUCCACAGCUCAAAGCCGUCAAACCCUCGUCGCGCUGCAGAGAAACGGUCUAUGGAUGCAGGAUUCAAAGCUACAACCGUUGUGUUUUUCACACCAGAGGGAGAGAAACCUAUGAGUUUGCUUGCUGCACAGCAACGUGGAUAUGGCAUUGGAAAUACUCCUACAAGGCUGGUUUUGAGAAGUCCAAUGAUUGCACCAGAAACUUUCAUACAGACAAUAAUGGGGGUUCCCAUGAGAAUUUUCAAAACUUCAACGAUCUUUGAAAAGAAGUGGCUUGCAACACAAAUUGAUGCUGCAGCUGCUUGUCCAAUCCAAGAGGGUAGUGUCUUCUUUACUCAAAGCACAAUCACCUGGUACCUGCCCUGGCAGAUGGACCCAAUGACUUCUUCUGGACAGUUUAAUCUGUUGGAGGUGCAUUUUGGCGUAAAUGGUCAAAGGCUUGACGCUGUGGAGAUGCAGGCCCGAGAAUACUCUGUAGCACUCAAUGACUUCUACAUUGUCACUGAACUUCCCAUUGGGGGUGUUGGUGGCUACUAUGAGAGCCACAUUCAAGGUGAUCUGUACUACGUCUCUUAUAUGAUUGAGCCAAUGCUUGAGCUGCUUUGGACAGAAGAUGCUACUCAUGAACAAACGAAAUACAAAGUCUUUUUUCAUAUCACAACACAUUUGCUACCACAACCCUUAGAACUUAUUGACGAUACAGUUCCAGGGGAGAAGAUGUUCAGGAUGACGCUUGGACAUUUUGCUGCUGAUGUGGCUCUAAUGAACAUUACCUUCCCUGCUGAAGUUCUAUCCAUGCCAGACUGCAGUGCCCGAGGCUUUAACAUCUUGGAACACAUGUCUCCUAACACCAGCUUGAAGGUUUUUACCCUCCAGGUGCCCUUUGCAGACCCUGCAGUCUUGCAACAGACUGGAGAGGGAGUCACAGUCUACUCCCUUCACCUGACCUUUGGUCUGCUGAUCCUGGAUCAGCUUGUCUCAUUCUCUCACAAAGCCUACUUGGAAGCUGUCGUCCAGGAUAUUGUCCCGCCCUCUGUCUCUGGUGGCUGUGAUAACCAUAACUUCUAUGUCCUUGUAAAAUAUGGAAGCCCAGGCUACAACUUUCAGACCAUGGUGGGGAAGCGCUACAUGACCCCCAGUUUGGCUCAGCAUUAUGACUCUAUGGAGAACGGGACCCACUUCAGUUUUGUUGUGCCAUUUUCAGCUCCUGAUGUUGCAGUGGAGGCCAUUGAAGCUUCAUCCACUAGGAGCAGGCUUGAUAUAGUUUUGAGUAAUCCAGAGACUAAUUCUCAAAUUCAAGAAUUAUCUGUAGCUUGCAAUUUUCCUUCAACACUCACAGAAUGCUUUCCAAAUGGCACAAUGACUGCUCUGGCUUUAAAACUGGAAUCGGUGCCCUUGCUGAACCCCAGCCAGCUCACCCUUGCGGAUCCUUCCUGUGGCCCUGUCCACAGUGAUGACCGCUAUGCUUUCUUUGUCUUCACAGUGAAUUCAUGUGGUACAACAAGGAAGUUCAUGACAAAUGCCAUGCUAUAUGAGAAUGAGAUCUCACUGCCAGAUGAACUUCUAAUGAAAAAGAGUCCAACAUCAGAGGAACCAGAGUAUCAGUAA